CUCGUACUUCCAGUCAAGAACCUACAGAUGGUACUUUGUUUAUCAAACAGCUUAACUUAAGCACGAUUACUUGAGCUCCUCCCAACAGUAUGGUAGAUCUGAAAGCCGUCCAUUCCUCAAAUUCUCGUAUUGCAGCCACCUUUCCAUCUGGUCUUGUUGCGGUCUUUGUUGGCGCCACCUCUGGCAUAGGAGAAUAUACUCUCCUCGAGUUUGCCAAAUGCGCUCCCAAGUCGCGUAUCUACUUCAUAGGUCGGUCCGCUGAAGCCGGUGCACGUAUCAAAGCGGAGGUGGACAAACGUAACCCUGAAGGAUCCUGCCUGUUCAUCAAGUCCGAUGUGUCUCUGAUCAAGAACGUCGACGACGUGUGCCGCGAAAUCAAGGGUAAGGAGAGCAGCAUCAACUUGCUGUUUCAGUCGCAAGGCACAUUAGACUUCAAAGCCGCAACAUCAGAAGGCCUUAAAACCGCACUGGCGCUGAUGUUUUACUCUCGAAUUCGCUUCAUGAUGAAUUUGCUCCCCGAAAUGCGUACAGCUUCGCCGGUUCUCGCGCGUGCCAUCACAGUCGGGGCUGGGACUAAGGAAGGACCUAUCACUCCUACCGAUUUCGAGAUGGAGAAUCUCUCCUUAACCAAGUCUCGUGGUGUCGGUGCGACCAUGGCAACUCUGUCAUUAGAGGCCCUUCAGCAGCAGGCGCCCGAAGUGACUUUCAUUCACGCAUAUCCCGGUGCAGUGAAAUCACAGAUCGGUCGAACAUUCAGCGGCUGGUUAUUGAUUGUUAAUUACCUUAUGAAGCUCUUGAUCGCGAUUGUAGGAGUUCCACCAAAGGAGACGGGCGAGAGACAUGUGUACUUGGCGACGAGUAAGCGCUGGCCUGCGAAGGGGAGCCGUACCGGUGUUGAGCUCAGUGCUUGGGGGACUACUGCAAAAGGAACUGACGGUGAAGAGGGGAGCGGUGUAUAUUCUGUUGAUGCAAAAGACGAGAGCGCUGGGCCUAAGAUUGUUAAGCUGCUCAAACAAUACCGGGAGGACGGCACAAGAGACAAGCUUUGGAAAUUUGUGAUGGAAAAGUUUGAGAAAAUCACCGGAACUAUACCGACACAAGCUUCUAACAAUCAAUAGUUCCCGUAUUCUGCACGAGAAUAGGAU